GUUCGGUUCGCGCGGUCGUGUUUGUUGUUUGCUGCAGCCAGAGCCAGCUGUCAAAAAAGAGGUGCGCUGGUAUUUAGCUUCUGUUGGUGCUGCUUUUUGCGUGAAGGUUUCACACUAAUCAGCACGAUUUAUUCCGCGGCUUUUGGCGGGUGUGCAGAGACGAACCAGCAGUAAAGUGCCCUCUUCUCCCGAUCCCUGUGAUUAAAAACCCUUCGCCGAAGUUUGUUCCACGCAUCGACACAUCGUAAUUCACACCAAUCCGCUACCAUCAUAGGAAAGGAAAACAUGGAGGAAGAAAACAAAAAGCCAUACAAGGUUAAGGAUGUGACGAGAGCAAUUAAAAAAGCAGUGGUGGCCGGCACACUAGAGGAGGUUCGUUCAAAGGCCGCUGAAAAGUUUGGCCGCACCGAUCUGCCCAACAUUCAUCUCGACUCGGACGGUACCGAGGUGGACGAUGAGGACUACUUCCAGACGCUGGAACCGAACGCCGAGCUGAUUGCGGUCUUCUCCGGCGAGCAGUGGAUCGAUCCUACACACUACGUCACGAUAACGACCCGCCGGGAUUCGGCCGACAUCACCGACAGUCCGGACGUGGAGCGAAUACAUCUGAAGAAGCUGGUCGCACAGAUGAAGACCAACCUGUGCAACGUGUCCGUGCUUAGCGAACCGGACCUGGAGCUGCUAUCGAACAUGGACCCGAACUCGGUGGCCGACAUCACCGGCAAGGACUUUAUCGAGCAGCUCAAGGAAGCAUCAGGCAGAAUCCUGCAUGAAAAACGAAAGGCUGCUGACGCAAUUGAGCUGCUAAAGCUGAUCGCUAAGCAACCGAUCGUACGCAACGAAGCCGACACCAUUGGCUGCGAGUACGAGAACGAGGAUGAUGAUGAUGCCAACAGUCACCAGUUACGCUCCUUCCUGACCGCAACGGUACGGCCCGGUCCUAUCGUUAAUCAACCCCAGCGCACAGAUAUGACUGCAGCCGCUGCGGAGGAAUCUUCCACCCUGCCUUCCACGACGAUCGUUUCGCUUCCAGCGGUGGGCACCGUUGGCAAUUACAGCGAUGGCAAGCACAACAUAACCGUUCACCUGCAACCGACCGUAGGCAGUGAGGGCGAAGACACACUCGACACCACCACUUGCCUGGCAAAGCCAACGGACAGCAAUCCCGACCACAGCAGCAAACCCAUUUGAUAUCUAAUGUAUCAAGUCAAUGUGUGCCACAAGUAGAAAUUGUCACACAUUGGCCGUUAUUUCUAUUUUUUACCCUCUUUUAUGUGCUUUCGAAGAAAGUUUCUUUCUGAUACACGACACUAAAUUAGAUGAGGGAGACAGGAUAUUGUGACCGUAUGAUAUGUUCCCGUUUUUUAAACAUUAGCGAUAUCGGCCAAAAAAGUGCCCUAGCAGGUGGUGGAACUGUGUUAAACGAAAAAUCCAAAUGAUUAACAUUAAUUUAAACUGCCAAACACCGCUAGCACGGUAUGAACUAUAUUGCGUAAAAUAAAAAUAAAACAAAUUCAGCCAACACAAAGAUAACCAAUAGACGAGCAUAAUAUAGAGCAGUUAAACAGAUUCGGCGCUACGUUUUUUGCAGGAUAAACCAAUAUAAUCUCAAAUGCAAUUGAAACGCAAUUAGCAAGCAUCGAUCGAACUUCUAUAUCAUAGCCAGUUGCUCACAAUUAACAGAUAUGAACAAAUAGAAGACACACUGCUAAAUACUGUCAAGGAACAAUAUCCACAUUUUAAAUGGCGUGCCAAUUUUGCACUCAUGUAGUGUAGAUCCUUUGUCCUAAAUCUUGUGCCACGAAUGAUCACAUUAAUGAAGGAAGGGCGUGAGUGUUAAAGCGUUGCUUGCAGAUAGAACCAAUCAUGAAGGAACAGUAGUAGUAAACUAAAUCAGUAUAAAAUUUAACACACAACCCCCGUACAUUAUUAAAGAAGAACCAAACACAAAAACCCGUUCAAAAUCACCUACAAGAAAGCUCGUUUGCGGGAGCAACACUUUUCCACACGAGCGAUAUAAUAUUGCAACACUCUUUAAAAUGUAAAACCAGUAAUGCAGCAUAAACGCAACAGCACACACCCGGCUACACGAGACGCAUACACACACGCGCAAACAGAAACACUCUACAGGAACAUAAGGCAAACAAGUAAUCAAUUAAGAGCCGUGUGUGUGUAUGUGUGGUUUGGGGGGUGAUUAUUAUAAAGACUGAGCAGUUCAUUUUAGUUGUUCGAAAGAGGACGUCACCCUUCCACGGACCGAAGGAACGUGAGUCGAAUAUUUGCUGUGCAUGGAAGGAUCGAUCGCGUAACGGAAACGGAAGAUACGGAUGAUGGAAAUGAACUGUCUAAAAUUAAUCGAAAAAAAAACAUUAAACGUAGUUUCAUAAACAAUUUGCAAGCACUUUUGCCCGUGGAUGGCGGACCCGUGAGGAGUGAAAAUGCGGAAGCGAUAGGAUGAGCAAGUUUUGGGGAUACAGUCGCAUACCAUAUUACACCAGCUCCCAUUACAGGGGAAGAAAGAUAAGGAAACAAACCUAAGUAAACGUAACCCAAAGCCUGACAUGAAAAGAAGUGAAGCUGCACACUUUAAUAGAAUCGUUAAACAAAACCCAACCCUAAAGUGUGUAGAAAUACUAAAGCACCAAUUUGCAAAACUUGAUGGAGACGCAUUGAACCGAGCGAGGGUAGAGAGCUGCAUGAAAGAACGAUCGAGUGAUGUGUAUUGGUUGAAAAAAGGGUGGAAAAAAAUUAAAUUUUGUAAUGCGAAAAACAUGUGGACAAACAAUAGGUUAGUAUUUUCAAAGAUCAAUUGUAUACAACACGAUCAGUUGUACUAACUGCGUUUAAACCGUGACAUCGCCACAAGAUAUUGGGUACUUUGUUUGUUGAAUUAACACUAAGUCAAGAUUACUGAACACUUUUUUCCUCACGAUUUUGCACCUAUUUUACUACUGACACGCAUGGAAAGGGCAAACAAAGCUAACAUGGUAAAUAAUGUACACCAAGAAGAGAAGAAAAAAACAUGAAAAUUAAAGUACCACAAGGAUGUGCACACUCAAUUCCACAUUUUCAAAGAAAGGCAUGAAUUCGAAACUGUAUCGAGAACUUUGUACUUGACACCAUCAUCGAUUAACCUUCUAACGCACAUGCGUAUGUGGGUCAAUGGUAGAUGUUUGUCCCAAGCAUAUGUCCCAAACGAAACGUAAACAGAACAGGUUAAACUGUAGCAUACAGAAGGCAUGAUAGCCACGCAGUUACUAAUUUAACUUAUCAGCCAACACAACAAAUGCCACACGCACGAUACCCCCGGGUACAAUUGGUAGGAUUCUAAAUGUUAAUACGAAAACGGUACGUUAACAAAAGUGCAUCAUCCACUAAACUACUUUCCAUCCCCCCCACAGCUCCACCCACAGUGCGACAUAGCGCGAUCCUUACGCCGAUCUGCAAUCUAUUGACAGUUAAAAUAAACAGGUUUUAAUCAUACGUUUAGUAAAAAACGCA